GGAUAUAAAAGAGCUACGUUGCUAGAGCCAGCCCGCCAGUUCGCUUAGAAGGGCAAAAUGGUACAGUCCAGGUUUAGCUUCCUUGUUCUCCUGACAUUCUUGUGCAAUGCAAGAUCACAAGACUUCACUGCCCAGCUGCUAAAGCCCGGCCAUGAAUGCGUAAGGGAAUGCAAGGAAGGCGAGUCUCCAAUGUUUUGUCACUACAAGUUCACUGUAGAGCUAUACCAAACUUUGGGAGCGCCCUGCGAUCUGUGCCAUCCUGACGAUAAGUUUACUUCCAAGUGCCCUUGCAUCUUGGCUGAUGGUUUUGAGCGAACUCUGCUAGCAGUCAACAAAAUGCUGCCCGCACCAAGUAUACAGGUUUGCGCAGGCGACAGGAUCGUCGUUGACGUGACGAACGCGAUGGAGGGUUACGACACGACACUUCACUGGCACGGCCUCCGUCAGAAGAAUACUCAGUAUUUUGAUGGAGUACCCAUGAUCACGCAAUGUCCUAUUAGCGCGGGACAGACGUUUAGAUACCAGAUGAUCACCAACGAGGGCACAUACUUCUACCACACGCACUCGGGCCUUCAAAAAUUCGACGGUAUCGAGGGCAGCGUCAUCGCGAGAUUGCCUCGCAGCCAGGACGGUGCUGCACAUCUGUUCGACUAUGAUCUUCCCGAGCACGUAGUGUUCGUCAACGACUGGAUGCACACGCACAUCGAGAGCAAGUUUCCAGGAUUGAGAACGAGAAGCACUGCUCAGCAACCGAAAUCACUCUUGAUCAACGGAAAAGGAAGAUGGACUGAUGCGAGCGCCGGCAACACUACAACAACGCCACUGGAAGUCUUCAACGUGAAGAAGGGGUACAGGUACAGGUUCAGAAUGAUCAACUCUAUGACGUCCGCGUGCACCUUGGGCAUGAGGGUUAUCGGCCAUAACCUGACAGUCAUAACUACGGAUGGAGAGUUGGUGCGUCCGCAAGUUGUGGAUGCGAUACAUAGUUCAGCUGGUGAGAGAUACGACUUCAUUCUACACGCAGACCAAGAGGCGGGCGAAUACUGGAUACAGUUUUGGGCGACUGGAUUAUGUCUUGAUGACCAAAUUCAGCAACUGGCUAUCCUUAAAUACGAAGGUUCAGAUUCUACUAAACUGGCUGUGGUUCCUACAUACCAAGAAGCAUUGAAUCAUACGGGCUUGGCACUGAAUUAUCCAUUAACGACAUGCGGCCACGACACCACGCACGGACUCUGCUUGGCCCAUUUGAGAAGCGGAUACGAAAUAGAUGACAAGGAGCUUCUGAAAGAGAAACCAGAUGUGAAGCUGUAUCUCAACUAUACCCUUACGUCGUACGCGGCAGAGGAACUCUUCCAGAACGACUCGCACAGAACAUACGCAGUUUUCGGAGGAACGCAGUACGUACAGGCGUUCGUGAACGGAUAUUCGUUCAAGUUCCCGCCGUCACCGCUGCUCAGUCAAUAUCAAGACGCUAAACACUCAAUUUGUCCCACCGACGGAUCGAACCCGCCAGGCUGUUCAGGAAACUGCUCCUGCACCAAUGUCUUCAAUGUUCCGCUCAACUCUAUUGUGGAGAUUGUAAUGAUUGAUGGAGUUGAUCUCGCUGACGUCCACUCUUUCCACCUGCACGGAUAUACGUUCAAGGUGGUAGGCAUGGGAACUCCUGCAGAUCUCAACGUUACUGCUUGCAACUCAAACAACAUAAGGGAAUUUGACGAAGCUGGAAAACUGAAAAGGAAUCUCAUCGACCCUCCCGGCAAGGACACAGUGACAGUGCCGGACAAAGGCUACGCCAUCUUCCGAUUCCGUGCCGACAAUCCUGGCUUCUGGCUUUUUCACUGCCACUUUGACGUGCACAUGCACAUCGGCAUGGCUGCGGUGCUCCAAGUGGGCGACUGGUGGGACGUACCCGCCGUUCCUUAUGGGUUUCCCAGAUGCGGUAGCUACGUUCCGGAUAUAAACAUAGCGCUGCUACAAUCCGCACCCAAAAAGGAAUAAGAAAUAUUCAGUGGAAAAAAGAAAUAGAUGUUUUAUAAGAAUUGUGCAAACCGAACAACAAAAUAUUACUGAUUGAGCAACUCCUGGUGUUCCUUCGUGUAAAACAUUUUUAUUGAAGAUUAUUCAUUUCCAUGAGCAUAAACAGGUGAAAUGAGGAGAAACGAACAUUGUUGCAGGAAAAUCGUUUUAAUUUGUUAAAUGGCGGAGUCUCACUGAUAUACAGGGUGUUUCAGUUUAUUGUCGCAUAACUUUAAGAUUCGAUAGAACUAUUAAAAUUAAUGCAUAAAGUCUAUAUAAACAUGGGUCGAAAAAUGCGCGGCUUCCGAAAUACAGGGUGUUUAAAUUUACUUUCUAAAAUAGUUUUUUUUUAAAUAUUUCGAACAAUAUUUGAUGUAUAACAGUGAAAAUUGUUAUACAAGGGUUUUUUGGGAGGACAAAACGAACCAUGGGCAUAAAUUUUUCUUAGUGCAAUUUUUUGCUUUUUGAAUAAAAAAACUGAUUCUCCGCACUUUUCAUGCUUAUCAGAUCAGCAAUCACUUGCGCAUGUGCUGCAUGGUGUUUUCUUGCCAAAACGCAUAUGCGUAAUUUGCAGGUUUUGCAGAACAGAACCUUGCGAACCAUCACUAACGCACCAUGGUACGUCUCCGAGACCCUUAACAGAUACCUCGACAUCCCUUACCUAAGAGACUACAUCAAACAUCAGGCGCAGUUACGCUAUAGUCAAGCAACCCUCUGUUGUGUGAGUCAGUAGACUACACAGUCGAGCAGGUUCGCAAGCACACAAGACCGCGGCUCGCACUGUGAUCAAAAUCAAAUCGUGCAAUUCUAGAUCCAACCAAAAUUACGAUUUUUGCCACACACAAAUUCCUAAAUUAAUUUUAGGAUUAAUUUAAAAUAACCGAAUACCAGUUCCUUCUUUCCUUUCUUUCUUUCAGUUGACACGUUUGAAGGAACAUAAUAUAUUUGUAGUGAAACAGCUUACUACAAAACAGCUUUAACAGAUUUCUCUUUGCCGCCUUUACGAACGUUAACGGGAAUACUAUUUCAACGGAUAACGUGCGAUGCGUUCAUACGACACAAUUUCGCCGUUUUAUGUGUUACUCUAAGCGAAGAGAUUGCUGGAUAUUUCCAGUUUGAGAUUGUAUAUUAUAUGAUGUCUAUAUCACAAGCUUGAUUACCGGAUAAAGCGGUUCUUGGUACUGUGUGGGAUAUAAAUCGUUUUGAUCAGAAAAUAUUGCGGUACAGCGAAGAUGAUAUUAUUUUAUAACCUUUAUGUUGUUUUCGGAAAUAAUUACACAAAUUACCAAUAACACUGGACAACAAAUUUUAGUUUUUUAAUUGCAUCUUGUGGGAAAAGUGCACUUCUUUGUUAAUUUUGGGGCGCUGAAUCCAAAAAUGACAAUGCAAUAAAAAAAUUAGUUGCGGUUUAGAAAAAAAACUUUUUGUUUUUAAGGAUAUAUUAAAAAAAGUAACAAGAUUCAUAUACUUAUAAAAAUCACUAUAUGCGCUGUCUUUUUGCUGUUCUUUUAUGGAUCGUUUCUGGAGCAUCUCUACCAAGAGUCCAACAGUAGUCUGCAAGCAUGGAAGGAUUCCACUUUCCCUGGUACCUUUUUUCCAUUGUUGAAAUAUCCUGAUGAAAACGUUCGCCGUGCUCAUCACUUAAGGCUCCGCAAUUAUCAGGGAAAAAGUCCAGGUGAGAGUGUAGGAAAUGUAUCUUAAGAGACAUAUUACAGCCCAUCUUUUGAUACGAUGACAGCAUAUUUUUGACAAGGGUUUUAUAGUUGUCAGCUUUUCUAUUUCCCAAGAAAUUAGUGACCACCAGACGGAAAUCAUUCCAAGCAGUUUUUUCAAUACCUGUUAAAGUGUGUUCAAACUGUGUAUCUUCCAAAAUAUUUCGAAUCUGUGACCCAACAAAAAUACCUUCUUUAACCUUUGCCUCACUUAGUCUUGGACAUUUCUGACGCAGGUAUUGAAAAGCUGACCCAUCUCUAUUUAAUGACUUGACAAAGUUUUUUAUUAGGCCCAACUUGAUAUGCAAUGGUGGUAAUAAAAUUUUUUUCGAAUUUACUAAUGGCAUAUGCUGUACAUUUUUUUGACCUGGCUCUAGGAAUUGACGAACAGGCCAGUUUUGUCUGGUGUAAUGAAGUGCCUUUGCCCGACUGUCCCAUUCACACAAAAAACAGCAAAACUUUGUGUAGCCUAGCUGCACCUCAAGUAAAAGUGCAACAACUUUCAAAUCGCCACAAAUAUGCCAGUGGUGCUCAUCGUAUUUUAUGCAUGUCAAUAGGUACUUCAUAUUGUCAUAUGAUUCUUUCAUGUGAACUGCAUAUCCUACAGGAAGAGAUGGUAAAAUAUUUCUAAUAUGCAAUAACACUGCCUCUAAACUCAAUGUUGAACUGUCUAUAAGCAAUCUCCAUUCUUCUGGGUUAUAGUUUAUAUUUAAAGCCGCCAGUAAGCCGUUAAUGUUACUGCAGAAAACCAUAUUGAAAAAUGGUUCUAAGUCUUUGUGGCGUUUACAAAAAACACAUACCGAAACAUCGUCUUCUAACAAGUUCCACUGCUGCAGUCUUGAUCCAAGUAACUCUGCCUUACAUUUUGGAAGUUUUAAAUCUCUUACAAGAUCAUUUAAUUCUGACUGUGUUAUUUUGUGCGGUUGGUGGCAUGACGUGCUCUGUAUAAAAUCAGGAUCUCUUGACGUUGAUGGCAUAUCUUCUUCCUGACGAAUCACUCGAUCGCCAUGAUCUGAUUUGUUUUCUGAUUCGCAAGUGUAGGAUUCUGGGGGUUUUGGAAUAGGAUUUUCGUCACUGUGAGGCACAGGUCUCAUCGCAGAAGGUAUGCUUGGGUAGUUAAUAACCGAUUUUUUUUUCUUGGUCAUACCUGUGGCUUGUCCAACACAAGGUACCAUGCAAAAGUAACAAUCAUUAAUAUGAUUUGUAGGCUCUCUCCAAACCAUUGGGACAGCAAAGCGCAUAGACCGUUUUUUGCCAUUUAACCAGCUCCUCAGUCUUGAAGCACAUGUAUUACAGCAGAUGUGGGGUGCCCACUGUUUGUCUUGAUCACCUAGUUUACAACCGAAAUAAAGCUGAUAUGCCUUUGUUAUUAGUGGAGUAAUAGACCGUCUCUGAGACGCAAGAGUCACAUCACCACACACGUAACAAAACUGAUCUGAAUUGUUUACACACUUUCGAGACAUCUUGCAUGAACGCUGUCAGCCAACUGAGGAAAAAAUGGCUAAUAUAAAACAAUAUAAUGUACACGUAUGUAUAACGUAACACAAUCAUGGCGAUUACAUCAUCUUUCCUUGCCGAAUAUAAAAAUGUAGCACGUGCAUUCUUGUGAAUUACAGUAUAUUAACACUGUCACAGCAGGAACACAUAUAAUUACCGUAUCUCUAAAACUUGAACUAAUAUUGAAAAAAUAAGUUUCAUUCCGGUUUUAACACAUUAAAAAUAGUAAUAUUUUGUUGAUUUUAUUUAGGAUAUUUUUUGGCUGUUGAUCAGUGUAAUUUUUUAUAAAAGCGUGUGGUCUAAAAACUGCAUGAGUUUAUUUUUUGACAAAAUAUGAAAAUAGCCGAAUCAGGUUUCUUAAUGACAACAUGCUUAUCGAUUUUAUUUUGAUUCACGAGUGUAAUUCGGUAGAAUAUUUCCCGAGUUGAUAAAAUCCAUAAACUUCUGAUAUACUGUUUUUUGUAUUCCUAGGUUUACUUUUGAUCACUUGUUUUUGAAUUAAACUCAAAAAAUCAUUGCCGAAACGUGACAUUACGACUUUUAGAAUUCGAUAUUUAUGCAUGUCAAGAUGACAAAUGCACAUUUCGUCAAUCGUAACCAUAGAUACGGACCUAUAGGAAAAUUUUCUAUACCUAUUGGGCAAUUUUCACUAUUUUCCUCGUCUUAAUUUCUACCAAUUCCAAACGCGCAAUUUUGAAUUAUAAAUGGUUUCUAGAUGGAAAAAUUGUAUGAUAGCACCUGUCAGCAGUUUUUUCGAGUUUUCCCGCGGCAAAACUUGUCAGUUGCAGAGUAAUCCGUCUAAUACCACUCGGGUAUCUAUUUUUUUCCUGUCAAAAACAUCCAAAAAAAAACAGUUCAAAGUAAUAUUUUUUUAACAAAAUAUUCAUGCAGGUGCCGAGUCGAAGACGUCUCCGAUUCGGAUUCUUGUUGUCACCAGUACUGAUGCUUCUUGUUAAGAUACUACUUAGCAACGUGUUUUUCAGAUUUUUUUUCGGAUAACUUAGAUGCACUUAUGAUAUUACUUAUGAAAAUUUCGCUUUGUCUAGGUUUUAUUGGUAAUUUUAUAGCAAGUAGUGAGUUUUCCAUUAAGAACUUAGCUUUUUUUUAAUAAAAACUCAAACCUUUUGAGAUAUCUCGAAAAUUUUAUUAUUGGACCACACCAUACGUUAUUUUUUGUGGAUGAAGAGGUGCACAUGAGAAUUUUCACCUGACCAAUGACAAAUGCUCUGUUUGUUGACGAAGCCGUUUAGCCAAAAAUGCGGCUCAUCACUGAGAUGGUUUUGCGAUGAAAUUAGUCAUUUUCUUGCAACAUUUCUAGAGCCCAAUUCGAGAACGUACGUCGAUGCAUAUCGUCGCCUUUCUCACGAAGUGUCCUAACUGACAAAAUAGCAAACAUUGAGAUAACCCGCAUAUAGGUGUAUUAUUCGAUGCCGGUUAAUCUGACUUAGAGGCAUAACUAUAUAUCUAUUAGUAUAGGUAACAAAUCAUUAACUCCUGGGUGUCUUAUCUGUCAAGGUAAAUAUAUAAUUCCCACGAAGAGACCUAAAUGAGGAUAGGUCUCAUAGUAUGCUAUAAUCGUUGCUAGUAUACGCACCUCGGUGGCCGAAACAUGGCUAAAGUGAAGGGAGGCUCUGCCCACAGUGCAAUUCAUACUGCGGUAAAGGGAGCUGGAGAUCUUUUUGAAGUCUGACAAUUCUAUCCGGUUUUUCGAUUGGCCAGAAGACGUCAACCUUAUUUAGUAAUCCCAAUGAAUAUUUUGACUUCACGGAACUUUCAAAAAAUUUAAGAAUGUCGUCCACAAGGCAAACUGAGAAAGGGCAAAAUAUUAAAUGGACGGGUAUUAUGGACUUUAUGGUAAGAAAAGACAUGCCCACCAAAAUAUUUUUCAAGUCUAGACACCACGAUACUAGUUAUGACAGUAUUGAGUUAAAAAGGCCGUUGAGAAAUAGUAAUAAUAUAAAUGAUAUUAAACUACAACAAGCAAAAAUAACAAAAUAGAAAUACUCCGACUAAAUUUCCUUAUGUGAAAAUCCAACACCCGUCGUACGCUUACCAGAAUUCCAACACUUUUUAGAAAUUUGCCCCAUGCAACGGAAUGAAAUAAGUAUUAAAACUGUUGCCUGUUUUUUUGUGUAUUAUAACACAUCAGCUGGUAAUAUGUUUAAGUUAGUUGUUUUUCUUUUAGUUUUUAUUUCAAUAAAAAUUGCUUUGACGUUUCGAGUUGUUUUCUU